AUGCGACAACCAAGGAGAAACUCCGACAGGCCAAACUCUGCCGUAUUGGCGCGCGGACGUCUGCGUGAGAACUGGACGUCGCGUGUGCUAGUGGUAUGCACUGCUUUCUGCUGUACUCUCAUUACCUCAGUUACCCUGGCCGUCCAGAUACGUUGUGACGUUCUUGAAUCCUUUCGUUGCAUCAGUCAAAACAACAACAACACCAGCGGCGGCGGCGACGACACAGGAUACACUACCACAAACACCAUGCACCGCUGCAGUUGCAUGACCUCUCAGCGUGCCCAUAAAACACAACAUUGCAUCAGUACAUGUAGCACUGUACACUUGACGCGCCACGUCUUCCGGAUCGUCGUUUUGACCGCCCCUUCUCUCUCUCUCUCUUGCAGGUACCGGAAGCUCCAUCGACGUCGCGCCCUGCCCAUGGAUGGAGAGCCCGGGGUGAUGGGCGUGAGCAUCCUGAAGCCCUUGGUUGGCACGCCCAUGGAUCCCAACCUCAUGACGAACCUCGAGACGUUUUUCACACUCAACUAUCCUAAGUUCGAGCUCCUCUUCUGCAUCCAGGAGGAGGGCGACCCAAGCAUCAUGAUCGUGCAGCAGCUUAUGAAAAAGCACCCGCAUGUCGACGCUUCGUACUUCAUAGGUGGCGUGGAGGUCGGCGUCAACCCCAAAAUCAACAACAUGCAGCCCGGGUACCUUGCGGCCAAGCACGAGCUGGUGCUGGUGUCCGACUCAGGCCUCCUCAUGAAGGAGGACACACUCACGGACAUGGUGGCCCACAUGACGCCCGACGUGGGCAUCGUCCAUCAAAUGCCCUUCACUUGCGACAGGAAGGGGUGGCCUGCUAUACUGGAAAAGGUAUACUUUGGGACAAGUCAUGCAAGGAUGUAUCUUUUCCUUGGACUCUUGGACGCUUUUGGCUUGAGAGUCAACUGCUGUACCGGCAUGUCCUGCCUGAUGAGGAAGAAGGUCCUGGAUGAGGAUGGAGGCAUUAGUGCUUUUGGCGUAUACUUAGCUGAGGACUACUUCUUUGCUAAGUACAUUCAGGGCCGAGGAUGGGGCAUUCGCAUCUCUUCUCAGCCAGCAUGUCAGAAUGCUGGGACAACCCGAGUGAAGGGUUUUCUGUCAAGAUUAACAAGAUGGUGUAAAUUACGUAUAGCUAUGGUACCACACACUUUGUUUCUUGAGCCGCUCAGUGAAUGUAUGGUGCUGGGGCUUAUAGCAUCCUGGGCGGGUGCUGUUUUACUGCGUGCAGACUACCUCACCUUCUUUUUGUUCCACACACUUACGUGGUCCCUUGCUGACUGGAUUAUGCUCAAUAUAGUGCAAAAUGGGCCUCCUCCCUUCAGCAAGUUCGAAUUUGUGAUCAGCUGGUUGUUCCGAGAAAUAAGCGCUAUCUUCAUUUUUGUGCACGCCGUAUGGAACCCUGUUAUCAGCUGGCGUCACAAGUCGUUCAAGCUUCGCUGGGGUGGUAUAGCGGAGCCUGUUAACACAAAAGUUGCUGUUAUGUGAGGAAGUUGUGAAACAGGACUUCGCUUACAAUCGGCUGCAAAACUGACCAUAAUACCUUCAUAAUAUCUUUUAAAAACUUUCUACGAGGAAGUUUGUAGGCAUUAGUUCAUUAGGUGCAGUAAAUGUAUGCAAGUUUUUGUAUGAGGACAGGAGUUUAGAAAUCACCAUAUAUAUAUAUAUAGCA